UCCUCAGACAGAGAAGGGGAGGAGGGCACCACCGGCUUGACGUACACAAGCCGCUGGAGCCUCAGAUGGGAGGAUGCGGAUCUGGACCGCCGCCACCGUCAGUAAGCAGAGAAGAGAGAGAAGGAUGGGUCAUGGGCGAGAGGAGUGAUUCUUAUUCAGGUUUGGAGAAGGAUCGCUCCCCAAACUUUUAUCCUAGUCGGAUCUCUCCCCAAACUUGUACCCGCCCGGCUGUCCGUCUUCAUCUCCACCUCCUCAAUCCUCUUUUUAUCCCUCUCCCCAGGCGCCUUGGAUCCACGAGCGAGCAAUCCACGAAUUUUCGCUGCUCAGAUUACCUUCCCGUCGGAGGCCGCCGCUGGCUGAUCGACGCGUCCGGAUGGACAAAUUAACUCCUCCUGCCAGCCGCGGCAACAGCAGUUCACAAGAAAGCACGUUGACACCAGAGAAGACGGUAAACAUCCCAAUCCCAGCGACAGAAGAGAAGAAGGUUCUAACUGACCACAAACAAGAACAGGGACUAGAGGAAUUACAAAACCUCCUUGAUCUGGACCAAGAGGCCAUCAUGACGAAGUGCAGAUUACUCAUUGAAAAGUUGAACACUGCUAGUGUACUAGUAUUUCCUUCUACGUGUGAUGAAAAGCAGCAGCUUGAGGUCUACCAGCGGCUUUCCCGCUACUACAUCCAAGCCCUUGAGUUAUCUUCUUUUAGAGAGAAACUGGAGGAUGCACAAAGGAACAAGCAGUUGGACGCUCUGUAUGUUUAUGAAAAUAUUUUCCUUCAGCGCGUCAAACAGGAUCCUGAAUGGUAUUUCCAUCCUGAACAAUGCAAGCUUGCUGGUUUGGACGACUACCAGCGGCUAGUGCUUCGUGAUGAUCCAAUGUACGGAGAUUGGGAUGAGUACCGCCUGACUUACCAUACCUACCAGGGAGAUCUAGAAUAUGUCAAGUUCCGUGAGGAGAUAUCAGCGAAAAUUAAGUGGAUUGAAGAUGAAGCAGCACUCUUUGGGGAUCAGCGGAUGAGAAACGAGCUAGUGGCUCUCUUUCAAUCAUUGAAGAUUGCGCUGCAGUUUCGUGAUAUUCCUGGACGUUCAGUUAUGUCUGGCUUCAGAGAGCAUAUAAAUAACCUUCGGUUUGACUUCAAAGACAGGAAGGACUUGGUUGGUCUCUAUCUUGAGUUAUGGAAACGGGUUGCUAAGAAUAAGGUGAAUUUCGGUGAGGCUUUGAGGCAAUUGUAUAAAGAGGACAUUUUCCCCUCCCGCAGGGCUUUGAUCAAAUUUGCGCUGGAUAGCUGUCCAGACACAAGUUUGGUAAAAUAUAACUAUGAUACCUACGUGGAUGGCAUUGAUGAGAAGCUUCCGGAAGACGAAGCUCAUCCCUUGAUCAUGGAGGCCGUUAAGAAAAUGUUUAAGAAACGGAAGAACUAUUUGGAUUACACCAGAAAGAAGUUGGAAAUCGCAGCGCGCAUUGGGUUGAUUCCCACAACCUAGAGGUCACUACCCAACGCGGGGACGAAAACCAUGGUGAAGCAAACGCGGCAAGAGUAGCCGAGGGAAGCGAUGCCAUGAGCGAAGAGUGGUUGUUGGUCUCCGGUGCUGAUUCCACCCGUGCUCUGUCCCAUGAGUUGCAAAGAGUGAGCUGAGGGAAGCUAUGCCAUGAGCACAGAACGAUUGGUCUCCGGUGUUGUUUCUACCCUCUGCCCUUUCCCAUGAGCUGCUGGCUCUUUUAUGAUACCAUCGUCCCUAUCCUAUGUGCUCAUUCAUCCAGGGCACACUUUAUAGCUUAGUUUUUUUAAGCGUAGAACUUAUUGGCGAUGACAGUAACAGGAGUGAAUUGCAAAAAACCAUCACAUUUGAGGCAUCGUUUGCGGAAAA